CACACACACACACACACACACACAGCUUCCCUGCCUCAGCCUCAGCCUCACUCACUAGAGAGGCGAGGAGAAGAGCCUUCUUCCUCUCUCUGCUCUCGCCACGCCACUUUCUCUCGCUUCCCCGCCCAUCUGUGCAGACGGCAGCUCCAGCAAAGUUGGCCUCAAACUUGAACGGAGCUGAAGCCUCCAGCUUCUCGCAGCAGCAGCAGCAGCAGCAGCAGCAGCAGUAACAACUGCAGCAGCAGCAGCAGCAGCCUCCAGCUGUGAACUCUGCUAGCCUUGAGAAGCUCUUCUGAGUCUUCCAGCACCCAGCUGGCCCCCAGGCCCCUGCAAAAACACAUCCACCCUUGUCCCGGGGAUUUGAAAUCUGAGCUGGGGAAUGGUGUGCUGAGGACCCUCCGGAGCACAGUGUGCCUACCUGGACCCGAAGAAACCCAAGGCCCACGCCAACAUGGCCAACCCAGGGCAGCCUCAGUUUCAAGACCCAGGCUCCAUCUCACCCCUGGAGCUGCCCGAGAUGGAGAAGCUUCUCACCAAAGUGGAAAACAAGGAUGACAAAGCUCUGGGUCUGUCCAAGUCUCUGUCGGGGGCUCUGGACCUGGAGCAGAAUGGCCACAGCCUGCCCUUCAAGGUCAUCUCCGAGGUGCACCGCCAGCCCUCCCUCCCUGGCUCCCCUUCCCGGGCCAGCUCUCGGAGAGCGUCCUCUGUUGUCACCACCUCCUAUGCCCAGGACCAAGAAGCUCCCAAAGAUUACCUGAUCCUUGCCAUCGCCUCCUGCUUCUGCCCCGUCUGGCCCCUCAACCUCAUCCCCCUCAUCUUUUCUAUCAUGUCUCGAAGCAGCGUGCAGCAGGGGGACAUGGACGGGGCACGGAGGCUGGGCCGCCUGGCACGACUGCUCAGCAUCACCUUCAUCAUCCUGGGCAUCGUCAUCAUCAUCGUGGCUGUCACCGUCAACUUCACAGUUCCGAAGUAACCGCAGAGCUGCUUCUAGCGGAGGCAGAUGCCAGCCAGCUGGAGAGCUUCGAACCCACACAUCCCCACACAUUACAGAGGACAGGAUGGUGGCUGCCAAGUCCCCACCUGUUCCCAAGUUCCAAAAGCACAAACUUGGAGGGAAACCUCUACAGCACUCCAUUGUCAGCCCAUGGCAGAUGGGAAGGAAAAUCUGGAAUGAAGUUGGCCGUGAACCCAAUGAAUAAUCUCAUAGACACAUCACUCGCCUUUUGACCUCAGUUCUCAGGCUUGUUUCUUAUCCCCACAAUUCCUGGGACUUACACACAGCAUAAACUGCCAGAAUGGGAAGAAAACCAGCCCCACAGCCAAGAAAGAAGCACCACACACCCUGGGUGUCUGUGAACAUGAGCACAGUCUGGGCCGCUGUCUUUUCUACUUUUCUUGAUAGGGAGCAAACAGACGCCUUGCAUGCUUUGCGUGGAGCAUCCACGGUGAUCCUAGCCUGGGUCCAAAGGAGAAGGUGUCACUCAGCAUGGGCCCUGAAUACCCACCGGCAAAGAGACAAGAGCCAUGUGGAAAUCUUCCACUGAAGAUUGGGUAGGGAUAGCAGGACACACCGGGCCCUCUUACUGAACUUCAACCUCGAGACUUCUCUACCAAGGACUCUGCUUCCAGAGCACCUUCCAGAACCAUGGAAGGGUCUGCCUCUUGCUCCCCACCUGUGCUGUAGCCAGAGGCACCAACCUGGAAGUCCUAGAACUUGACCUGACCCAGGUCAGCCAUGGGGGAGGGACAGAGCCUGAGCUCUCGCCUGUCACUGACUCUUUGGGGGUCUGGGAUCCCAUCUUGGUAACCCGUGCGAGUGACUCAGGGGCCCUCUAUAGGGCAUUCAGGGACCCUGCACAGAAGAGCUGAGUUGGACCCUGGCUUCAGGCUCUUAGCCCAGCUUUAAUGGAUGCUCUGUGCCUGGCCCCAUGUCCCUGGCCAUCCACAGCAACCAAGGCUCUUCCCUAGGGGUAACUUUGAGACUCCUACUGGACUCUGUGAUUCAUAGGCUCUCGGGAGUCUUUGCUGCAUUUUGUAAGGGGGGGGCUAGAGAAUUCUUAAGAAGGCUUGCUAUUUCUUAAUCUGGAGCCCCCGGAGUCUAGAAGGAAAGGCCCAGCAGAAGGGUCAGUCUAGAGAGUGGGAACUGGGCAGGGAGUAAGGGCCCAGUAGCUACAGCCUCUGUCUGAGGACCUAGCAGAACACGGGAAAGGAGCCGAACAGAAGCCUUUGCCAACUAGCCACCUGCUUUUUGCCUCUGCUUCUCCAGUUUCCUGCCUGGCACAGACUGUGCCCACAGGGGCUUCACCUGCUGGUCUUGCUUGCUCUGAGCCACCACUACCCAAUGUCACACCCUACCACCACCACCUUCAGCUCAGAUCUGGGAGAGGAGGAAGGAUCCAGGCUUUCCUUGCCCAGCGGCUAGGGCUAACGGCUUCAGUGGGGGGAAUGGGUGUAAAACCACAGCCACACUGGGUGGGGAUUGGAAGUUCAUCUCCUCUGAGCAAAAUUAGGACCCGACACCUCCUCCCCAGGGCUCCCUGCCUGGCUCCCUACAAUCUCAGAGACCCUGGGCAGGGCAGGUUAGUACAGAGCACUGGCCACUAAGAGAGGAGGCUCUGGGGCUCCCAGACAAGGUCAGAGCACCUGCUGGGAGGGCCGAGGGGUUGGCAGUGUCUCUCUGGGGUUGAUGCCCCUAAACCAGGCUCCCAUUGGGGGAAUCAACUUGGACUUAUGUUCCCAAAGCAGGACUGGCUGUGUACCCUUGACAGGAUCUUUGAGGCCAAACUAGAGAUGUUCCCAUUCGCUGCGGGAAGUAAGUGUGUGAGCCCAGAACAUGUGUGUGAGGUGAGAGGUCGGGUCAUGGGAGAUGGACUGUGUGUGGAAACAGCCUGCCACAGGCUCCUGAUCUUGAGUGGACGGUUUCCUAAAGCACCCCCCAACACACACACACACACACACACACACACACACACACACACACACACACACACACACACACACUGGGGGUCCAGCUUCAGGACCCUCAAGAAGAGGGAAUUGUUAUGAGGGAUUAUCAUGACGGGGAGAAGAGGCAGAGGUGCCUUUAUCUUCAGCCACUGCGUCCCUGGAGUCCAGCCCACACCCAGCCAUUCCUCCCCAACCCCUGGUCACCAGUGUACAGUAGGUCUGCCAUUCACACCCUCACACACGCACACACUUAUUCACACUUCAGUCCGGAACAACUGGAGUCUCUGCAUCAGGGAAUGGCUUAGCUGAGAGCCUUCCCAUGGUUCCAGAGACACAGCCUAGGGGUUCCCGGGGUAUCCCUUGGGUAGAGGGGAGUACAAGGGUAGGAGGAAAGAGCCAUUGGGAUGGGAGAAGACUGAGGAAGAGUUCUCAAUGGCACCCAGUCCCCGCGAAGCUGGGAGGGACAAGGGCCCUGCUGUCCUAACAUUGUCUUGGUUUGGGGCCAGCUGCAUGCACACAGUGGCUGUGAGGGAACUGACCUUGCCUCUCUUUGGGCAUCCUGGUGAACAGCAAGAACUAACCCCCACCACCACCACCACACACACUAGUGACUCUGUAUUU